GCUAUAAAUAUUAAAUACACACCGCCAUUUUAAGCGGCAAUUCCAGUCCCGCGCUCUCAGCUGAGGGAGAGUAAAAUGAAGAAGAAAGCUUCGUCAGCGAAAUCGCUCUCAAAGGCGAAAUCCUUUCUUUCUCCUCUCCCCUCGCCGUCGCCGGAGGCCAGAUCCGGCAAAGCGUGCGGAUUCAACUUCUUUGCCUCCGCGGCUUCCAGCAAGAAGAAGGCUCUGUCUCCGCCUUCGGUCCUCCGCUCUCCGCGUACUCCCGCGAAACCGCUGUCGACAACUUCUGAUCUGAAGGAUCUGGCUUGUUCCAGCCUAGAAUCUUUGAAACGGAGAGUUGAUGUGUACUACGCUGACGUUCUCAAGGAUAUCGAUGCCUCUCACGCUAGAAUCUCCAAGAGAUUCAAGAUCCAAACACAAGCAUGUAUGCAAUUAGCGGAGGAAGCAGAAAGGGAAUAUGAGAAGUUAUCGGAUAAGAUUGAUGAAAACACAAAAUCAAUUAAGGGUUCGUAUGUUGAGUUCAUGGCAGAAGUUCAAGCAGCAACAUCCCGAGUGUGCAAGGUAUCCAUUCCUGAGCUUGCAAAGUCAGCUGAGAAGGCUAUCGAGAACUUGCAUGCGCGCUAUGGUGUUGCAGCAAAUCCGGGAUAAUAUACAGAACAACUAUCGAAUUAGUAUGUGAGGUAUAUCAUUUGAGAAAAAAAUUACAAAGUAAGUUCAAUGACUUUGAGAUCCAUCUUGACUCAAAUUUAUAUCAGCUAUUAUUCUCUUUCAUAACGUUUAA